GGGGCCAACGUCCUGCUCAACGGCAGCGUCCUCCUCCAGUGGGGCUGGCCUCCCCGGCCCGAUCCGGACCCGGGGCGGCGCUUGCGCGGCUUCUGGCUCUCCUGCUCGUGGGAAGGCGCCUACACGCGUUUCCAGUGUGACAGCGUGCAGCUGGGCGCCGCCUGCCGGGAUUAUCUCCUGCCCGACGCGCACGGGAGCGUCCGCUACCGCCUCUGCUUGCAGCCCCUGUUCGGCUCCCUCUCAGCCGCCGAGGCCCGUGGGCCCAAUCCACCUCCGUCUCCGCCGCCGCCCUCCUGGCCCCCGGAGUGCGUCGAGUUCACCGUCCAGCCGGCCGGCAUGCGGGACAUCGUGAUCGCCAUGACGGCCGUCGGGGGAUCCAUCUGCGUGAUGCUGGUCCUCAUAUGUCUCCUCGUGGCUUAUCUGACCGAGAACCUUCCCCCUUCCGCCGCCGCCGCCGCCCCCGGCAAGCUGGGCAACUGAGCCCCACGCGAUCGCGGAACCGCCAACAACCCAGAGAGCCAGGCGGAGACACCCCCGCCCCCCCGUGGAUCGGGCCCACAUUCCCUGCGUGAAUCGGGCCCACCUUCCCUAGGUGGAUCGGGCCCAACUACCUGGGGCUGAGAGCAGGGUGUGCGUGUAGGAUCGGCCCGUCCGACUGUAGCCCGUGUUGGCUUGAGAGGUGACAGGCAGGCUCGGGACGCAGGGCUUUCUCCUGAGUAAACCUGGCUAAGGGGGGGGGGAAGUGUGCCAGGUAAAGUUCUUGCUUACUUAAGAGUAAACCCUACAGCAUCGGAUGGGUGUGUGUGUGUCUUACUGCUGGAGGACGACGUGCGUAAGAGCCAGUGAGCAAGAAGGUUGCAAAGAUUAAGUGGAUAAUGGGUUAUCUUUUCUUCAAGAAAACACAUACACACAGCAUCCUAUGGAUCAAUUCAGUGGGUUCCUCUUUGAAUUAAGAGCGGACUGGUGUAUUUUAUAAAAAAUGUUAAUUUAAGGUGUCUAUGAAUUGGAACUGUAGACUGCCAGCAUCGCCCUAGAAGAGGCAUUCUGUCAAACAGGAGUGAAUGUCUCUCCUCCAUUCAUGGCACAUGGGCACCGUGGUGCUGGGAAGCCCCUUGGGGGAUUCUGGGAAUUGUAGUGAGAGAACUGUAGUGUGGCCAGACUUCACGCAUAUGUUUCUUCUAGGAUGAUGCCUCUUCUAACUCAUCUCUCUGGCAAGGGUGGGUGCUGGGCACCAUUCUGUAAAAGAUAUACCCUUCUCUGUUGCAAGAAAUGCCUCUUAUGUAUGCCCUCUGGAGAGUGAAGUAUUGUGUUUUUUCUUUAUGCCUCAUUUUCAUAGGCAAAUUUUUGCAGAUUUCCUGGCUCGAUCAUGAAAUUUGCACGAUGGUGGAUCAAAUCCAAAUUUCCCAAAAUGAUGUGGUAAGCCCAGUUUUUAAGGGAAUCCUGGUGGGAUGGUGGAACUGUUUUAUGCCUACACGUCCUUCUUUGAAGAAGAAAAAAGAGGGGGGUCUAUUUUUGGGGUGAUCUCCUAUCUUGGGGCGUGACUCGAAGGCUGCAGAAGGCGGGGGAUCCAUUGUGGGUUUUAGUCCAAACUUUCAUGGAGAUUUACAGGUUGCAGAGCUGAUGCUGAGGAGAGUGCUCAGCACCUAGGCAGGGCUUCUGUGAAGUUCGGAGCGAAACCUGGAGCGGAUAUGCUGUCAAAAAGAAUCCCAAAGCCUGAGCCCUCUUUAGCUAGCGUGAUGGAAGGUCUUCUCCAUUGUCUUCCUCAGUAAAAUGGGGCUGACAUUCAAUCUCACCCACUACACCUGUGUCUGUAAUACAGACGAGAGGUACCAGGAGGUGGUGGAGCUGAACUCUUAUUGCACGGAUUAGGCCUGCCAGCUAAACAUUGGCUUCCCUGUUCAGUGAUUACCAACCUUGUGUUCCCAGAUGUUCUUGGACAACAACUCCCAGAAGCCUUCACCACCUGCUGGGCUGGCCGGGA